AUGAAAAUCUCAUUCAUCAUUUGUUUGUACGAAAGCAGCGGUCGCGGUAUGAAUUACAAUCGACCAAAGGCGAAUAACAGCAACGGCUUCUACGGUAACUACAGUAAGCCGUAUGGGAAAGAUUUUGCAAGAAGAGAUAAAGUAAGCCAUUUCGAAUAUAUUUUGAGUUAGCUUUGUUGAAUUUAAAUGCAAAACAUUUGUUUAUUUACUGUGGUGUUACAGUAUAGAUACAGUAAUCCUAUAGUAUAGAUACGAUUAGGUUACAGCAUAAUGACCUUUACUAUUUUUUUAAAUUGCCCUUUUCAGAAUCAACAAGAUCAAAAAUCCUACAAACAAUAUGAAAACGAAUCCAAGUCGUAUCAACAAAGAUUUGACAAAGAUUACCGAAAAGAUGACGAAAAAGCGACGGAAAUGCACAGUCAUCACAGUAUGACCCUACCACAUCUACCUGAAGGCCAAAAAGUUACUCACAUCAAGUCAAACUAUAAGUAAGUCUUUCUAAAUUUUUAUGUUUAACCUCAUCAUUUUGGCUAUUAUUUACUUGAAGAUGUGUUAUAAGUUACUAACAUGUUAUAAAACCAUUCAAACCAAUAAAUCGCUACUUUUAGUUACAAAUCACCAGACCGCAAAUUCCGAGCCAACUACCCAACUUUAACCAAGUCCAACUCGUCCUACCAAAAGUCUCACAAGCACGAUGACAAUCGAUUCAGAAUCCCCAUGGCCACCAAAAGCACUCAAACCGAUGAGAACUUUGGCCCCAUCGUACCACUCAGUCACUCUGCCGAACACAACAUCACUUAUGACGAAGCACAAGAACGACAUAAAAAGUACAUUCAAGCGAUUCAGAAGAUUCAAUUCCAACAACCGACGCUGAGAAACUCAAAAACCAUUCCAGAUGAGUACGAUCCAAAGGUGAUUCAUCAAUAUUACAGAUGGGAUCCAGUGAUCAACACCUUCUUGUUCGACGAAGAUUCCAUCGACGGACCUAUGGACACGGUGGGCUACAUGUUUUGGAAAGACAAAUCCCCGUCGCCGAAAGCUCAAUGGAAAAAAGGCAAUAGAAAGUAA